AUGCGCGCCGGCUGCCUCGUUGCCAAGUCACUGGAGGUGCUCCACGGCCGGUGCCGUCGCGCUCCGCGACCGCACGCGCGCGUUCGGCCGCGCGUUGCACAGUUUGGAUGUUCCGUGGGCCACGAGCGCCGACGGCGGCCCCUGGCGUGUUCUACCGGGGAGUCUGAGGGUGGUUGGGAGACGUCCUCAUCCUUCAGAAAGGACUGGGACCCCCCCACGAGCGACGACGGCGGGGAGUCGGGUUCGGAGGAAUCCGAGCUCGAGGAGUGGGAGGGCAGCCACCUCGGCGGGAAGAUCACGGCGUUCGUCGCGGCAGUCAAGCUCGCGGUCGCUCGGACCUGGGCUGCCAGGGCCCGCGUAUUGCCCCGGAUAUCGCUGCCGUCCGCGAAGGGCGAUGGCUCGGAGGGGUGGCUGGCGAACGCCGCACGCGCCCUGACGCGCAUCUCGCGGCGCAUCGUGUCGCUCGCGCUCGCCGGCCUGCUAUGGAUCGGACGCGCGAUCAGCAAGGUCACAAAGACCGUCUUCGGAGGCCUCCUCGGACUCGGAUCCAUCCAGUCGGCCUGGCUCAGGUGGCUCGCGCGGCUGUCCAUCGUCGGCGGCGCGGUCGCAGGCUCCGCCUUCGCGGCGCCCUACCUCGCCUCUACUCCGCAGGCCACGGCUUACUUCGCGCGCACCGUGGGCCGCCAGGUGCUGCCGGGCGCACCAGAGGGACUUGCAAUUGAACGCGUUCGCAUGGGCUGGACGCGCCCGAUCGAGAUCGAGGGUGUCUCGGUGUUCGAGAGGAGCCCUGACGAGGGCAGGGAGUUGGCUAGAAUCCAGUCGAUCAGAAGCACCGGGUCGUUGUGGUCCCUGGUCACUGGAGGUCCCAUCAGUUUCGACGUCAGCGCGCCCGAGCUGGACCUGUCCCUCAACGGCGAGACCGGGGAGCCGCGCCUGGCGAUGCUCGUGACUCCCCCCGCAGUCGACAAGGCAGCAGCCGCCGCAGAGGAGGGCGGUGACCUCCCGCGCGACAGCCCCGCGGUCGGCUACGUCCCCGAGGAGCUCACGUACUGCGGCGGCACGACGAGCCUGAACGGGCACCUGACGCUGCGCGAGGGCAAGCGCACUUUCGGUCUGUCGAUCACGCGGGGGAGUAUUCACGCCCCGCUGGAGAUGCACCAGGCGAUCGGGAAGCACUGCACGCUGCAGGGCGAGAUAGGCACGGACUUCGCGAUGGAGCGCCUCCUCGACGCGCUGCAGACGGCCAAAGCCGAGCGCCCCGCGGCGCAGCCACCGGCAACAGCGCCGGAGGCGUCCCCCGCGGCCGUGUCGGCCACCGAGCCAGCCGCGCCUGAAGCGGCGAGCGAGCCAACGGAGGCCGCCGCCGAGGGAUCCGCUGAGGGAGCCGCAGCGGAGGCGACAGCGACGGACGCGGCAAAGGGCGAAGCGGUGUCUGACACAGCGCCGACGACCCCCCCAGAGGCCCCUACGCCAGCGGCCGAGCCAGCUGUGCCGCUCGAGACCGCGCUGUCCCCGCCGAUCGUCGCGACGGAGCCCGCGCCGCCCGCCUACGCAGAGUGUCUGCGUCUCGUCACGAGCAAGCGUUGGGGCCCGCGGCCGAAGUUCGCGCCGGUGUGGAUGUCCAUCGCGACGGACACGUCGCACGUGGACCUGUACGGGGCGGCGGUGCCCGGGCACGGGAAGGAACAGCCCCGUUUGUUCCUUGCGCGGCCUAUCACGGCCCGCCUGGAGCUGGAGCCAGCGAUCGCACGGACUGUGCUGGGACGCAUCAAUCCGCUCCUGACGGACGUGGUCAGCAUGGAGCCGGGGAGCGUGCUGCAGGUCGAGAUCGCGCCCAAGGACGGCGCGCUCCCCGUCGAGGAGUCCAUGACCGUCACGCUCCUCCCCAUGCGCGCCCAGAUCGCCCGCGGGGAGCUCCUCGACGGUCUCCUCGGGCUCCUCAAAGUCCCCGACUCCAACCUCGCGAUGUCAGACCUGACUCAGGCCGAGUCCGCCGCGGUCCGCGCGUCCUCGCCGGCGCGCGAGAUCGCGCCGGUCCGCACCGUCGAGGACCCGAAGAAGAAGUCGGGCAAGAAGGGCGGCCCUGCGCGCCGGGAGAAGAAGCUGGAGAUCAUGACCUCGCGCGUGAGUGUCGACAUCGACCGCCUGGGGCCGUGGAAGAUGCGGCGGGCCGACAUGCUGCUCGCCGGGGGCAGGGACGCGGCGGGCGGCGGCGUGCACCUCGCGAUGUGGGGGGGUAUCGACCCCCUGACGCAGUACGUCGACCUGACGGUGGGAGUCCCCCUGCGCACGCUCGAGGCGGUCGGGAUCCUCAAGGUGCCCCCGCCGCGGCCCCCGCAGCCGGCGCAGCCGGCGCCGCGCGAGAGGGAGAAGAAAUGGGAGUGGGGCAGAGCGGGGGCGCAGGAGGCGAGGGAGACGGAGGAGCAGGCGGAGGCCAUCGACGAGGCGAUGCUGACGGUGCGGGUCCGGGGCCCGCAGGAGCACCCGAGCGUGGACUGGGCGAGUCUGGGCCGCCGGCUCGCCGCGUUGGUUGUGGAGCAGUCCCUCGGGGGGCGCGAGCCCACGAGCUGGGAGGCGUUCGCGUUCGGCGUGAUCAGGGGGGUGUUGAGCGAGGGGUCGCAGCUGGACCAGGCGCCGCCGCCGCUGCAGGGCCCGCUGCCGUGGGAGGUGUUGCGCGUGGAGGAUGCGGCAACGCCCCGCACGCCCCCCCGCUCGCCGUGA